AUGGUGCGCGUCAAGAAUCGCUACUUGGUAGUAAACUUUCUAUACCCGGAACCUCCCGCGAAGAGCAAGACGCAGCUCCCAGAUGUCAUUCAGAUCAAUUCGCCGACGCCUGAUGCUCUUAAGCAAGGCCUCAUUAUCCGCAUGAUACGAGAGGGAGUCGAAGAGCUAUUUGGCGACUAUGGUGCUGGCAUGGUGUCUUCGGGGCUGAAAGUCAACUACUGUUCUCCCUCGACCAGCACAGCCAUAAUACGAUGUCCUCGAGAUCACUACGGAAUGGUCUGGGCAGCCCUCACAUAUAUUACCCACCUUCCCAAACCCCUCGAUAUACCCGUUGUGAUAAGAGUCGUAAGAGUAAGCGGUACGAUUAAAAAGGCGGAAGAGGAGGUUAUCCGGCGGUCACGGCACAUCAUCAAAAGAGCAAGAGCUUGGGAUGGUGCUGGGGACUUGCCGAUGCUACAGAGUGUAGAGAAGGCGGUAGACAAAGAAAGGAAAAGCGAGAGCGAGGUGCUUGCUGAGAUUGACGAUGGCAAUGAGAGUGAAGACAUGAGUGAGUAG